ACUCCUCUUAUUUGAAGAGCGUUUUCUUGACGGAUUAGAGUGGAUGUUAGGCCUAACCGUGGAAAAAUAAAGCUGCGAUUCUUAAUUUAUCCUGUGAAGUGUGGACGGGGCAUAAGAAAUGGUCGAUUGGCUCGUCCGUUUUUAACGGUAACCUGUAACAGAUCAAUAAAAAUUUGUUUAUGUUUACAUUAUCUUUAGGAGUGUUGACACCAUAAUAAUGGCAGCUACAGUGGAUCCAAGGCCGAAAAAAUUGCAGCAAAAUGCCGUCCUUAAGUUCAAGAACCUAGAGGUUGCUGAAGGCGAGAGAUUCUGUAUGUUCUGGAGCGGCUACAGCGAAAAGAAUCCAGACGGAUGGUCAGAUGAAGGAUGCCAUGUUGUGAGAUCGGAGAGCAGCUCAGUACAAACAGAAUGCAGCUGCAAUCAUAUGACUCAUUUCGCUGUUUUAGUCGGCUAUGGUGAUAACCUAGAGCAGAUCACAAAAACAGAUGAGAAGAUAUUGACGAUUCUCACUUACAUAGGGUUGGCUGUCUCCAUCAUAGGAAUAAUUCUCACGAUAAUCUCUUAUGUUUAUUUCACCGAUGUACAUCAGCCUCUCUCUCAAAUCAGGAUUAGUCUUGCUAGUUCUCUCGGAGCAGGACAAGUAAUCUUUCUUGCAGGAAUUAAUGCCACAGGAAACACGACUGUCUGUGUUGCAGUAGCGGCCCUUACGCAGUAUUUCUUGAUGGCAGCUUUCUUUUGGAUGUUCGUCGAGGGAAUCUACCUUUACUUGUUUGUAGGCAAGGUUUACAACAUCAACAACAAGAUGACCAUCUAUCAUGUCAUGUCAUGGUGUUUUCCUGCUGUUAUGGUUGCAAUUUCGCUGAGUAUUGCUGCAGGGAAAGAUGGCAUCCAGAGUUUAGUCAGUGACGAAUACUGCUGGAUGACUUCAGAUAACAAUCUGAUCUGGAUGUUUGUUGUAUUUGUGGCGAUGAUCGAUGUUGUUUGCAUAUCGAUGCUCGUGCGAGUAAUCAAGAAAACCACCACAAUCCAACCAACAGAAGAGACUCACAUUCAGCAGAUACGACUUGACACCAAGGCAUGCGCGGUGCUGAUUCCUUUCCUGGGAGUCACGUGGUUGUUUGCUAUCCUGUCGCCUCGGCACAAAGCUUUUGUUUACACUUUUACGAUACUUUACUCCACUCAGGGAUUCCUGAUUUUUUUCUUUCACUGUGUGAGCAACAUUCAGAUUACAGAGCGUAUCAGAGCAAGGGUCAACGUUUUCAGGAUUGGUCGAAGUGCAAACGUUGGAAUUUCUCCUUACAAAACUCCAACAGUUUCGACAUAUGUAUAGACAUAGUUAAUUUUACUUGUUCGCACACUUAGAUAUCAUGGUAACGAUGCGUCCCAUAGACUUGAUAAUUAAGCAGAGCCGUCCACACACGCACAAGCUAGUUUACAGGCGCGACAAGAAAACAAAAUAACAAACUAAAAAUGUACAUUUGGGACUAAAUAUUAAACUAAACUAAACAUUAAGAAAAAAAAAAUCAGUUUAAUCAAAGUGAUUUCGACAUUGUGAUGGCCUUUUAUGCAAAGAUAGAGAAAUUCAACAGAAGUAACGACUAAAAGUGGCAAUCUUAUUUGUAAAUCUCCAGCUGCUAUGGUAUAUUUCAAUCCUGAGGAUACAGAUAAGGUUCUUGUAAAAGAAAACUCUCCAUUGGUAGUUUGUCCAACUGUAAGGAUAUUCAGGUAAUCGCCUGGGUAAAAGAUCACAGCUGUUAACUUAACGUUUUGCCAACGGUUCUUAAAUUUAGUCAUUUUCACCAGGAAAUCUAACACAUUCUAGGAACAAUUUCAAGUUUACUUAAACGAGACCCACUACGGCCAAGUCGAAGAAGCCGACAGUUUUGAAGGGUCUCUCGUUUUCUGCGUAACCUGAAUUUCACUUGUAACAAAAAUCAGGUCAAAACAAAAUAUUUAAUACUGCUUUAACAAAUUAAAAUAAAGAUAGUUGUUUUAGUUGUUGUUGGAGAGCUACUAAAAAUAAAAUAAUGGUCUGCGCUUUCGCUGUCCGUAUUUACUUUA